CGGGGGCGUAGGAAAGGGCCGUUGUCCUGGAAACAGAUCCGCGAUGAGAGUGGUGUGCCGCUAGUUUGUACAAAAAAUAAUUAGAAAAUCCAAAACGUUGCAUUUUUUUCCCUCAGAAACCCGUCAAAGGACAUUCAGAUGGGUUAUGAAAGGAAGAUAAACCCGAUGAACUCUUUUCCACGGACAUGCAUCCUGCCAGGAGAUAUUUUAGAAGCGAAUAGCAUGGUUUGAGGAGUUUAGAAGCGACGCAGCGAGCAGUAUGCAGUGCUGUGGGAUGGGAAUGGUUUCUCCCUUCACCUGUGCUUCAAGUGGUUUGCCCCACUAUUCAGCCAGCCUACCCUGAAUGAGUCAUCCUGCUCUUCCCUGAUUGGCCGGUCGGGAUCCAUCCCGAGGGAUUGCUGUGCAGAAAGCUGCCGAGGCCUGACUUCAUUCACAGAAACGUCGCAUCUCUUCUGCAUCUCCGUGACAACACCGAGCGACGCUUUUUUUUUUUUUUUUUUGCUUGUUUGCUUUUGUCUCAGUGGAGGAGACAAACCCUUGCUCUCUCUCUUUCUCUCUCUCUCUCUCUCUCUCUCUCUCUCUCUGUCUUUUCUUCCUUUUUUUUCAAUUCGCAGGCAGGCAGGAAAGCGAGACGCUGGGAGGGACUGCAGUGCGUUAGCCGCAGCGGUACAGGAAGCUUGUGAAUGACUGCUGCUUCCCUGUCACAAGCUCUACUGGACAUUUUACAUGAAUGGCUCUGUUUUUGCUGCCUUAAUGUCAUGGGCUUCAUCCCGCUGGAUGCUUUUUAAUGGGGCCGGGAGAUCUGACAUCACUAUUUACGGUCGUAUCCCCGCCGAAUCCGGAUGGCGUUUUAGUAAGAUCGAAUCUCGACAUUGUGUAUUUGAGAGGGAUGUUUAAUUAUUCAACAAAGCUCAUUCAAGAGCAAAGCUUGGCUUGUUUUGCCUUCUGUAGGGGGAGAUAUUCCAGUGCUCGUGUGGAUGGAUUUAUCCUGAUGUUUCGUAGUAUGUAAGGAAGAACGAACGUGACGAACAAAGAGAUAAAGCCGUAUUGGUCUCGUGAUUUAAAUUUGAGCGCAUUUUAAACUCGCCAUUAACAAAAGCUAGGUAGAACGCGGUUGUGGGCGAAAGGUGAAUGCAUUCAAAUAUUUUUAACUUUUUUAUUUUUAUUUCACAAUCGUGUGCAAUCUUAUGCUUUCAUUUCAGGAGAGCACCUCGCUUCUGAAUUAAAGUAAAACCACAAUUAUAUGAUUGAAAAAUCAGAGCAACCGCCAUGCACACUGACUCAAGUUUCAUUCUAUGUGGCGUACAUGUGAUCCGACAACAUGCACGGUGCUCUAUUGUGAUUUUUGCAUUGAAUUAUGUCAGACUGUUUUUGCAUCAUUUUGAGUAGUUUGAUUCAGAGAUUCUCAUUCAUUUUGACUCUGAUUUCACUGUUCUCAGUGAUCUCUUUAUAGCAUCUUUUCCAUUCUAUUUAUCUGUUUUCACACGGACUGAAUCAAAACAGGAGACGUUCCUACGGACAGGGCAAAUUUUGCCAAUUGAUUGGUUCUGUCGAGCAGUAAGUGGGAGUUUUUUUUGUAACGGAAAGUGCUCUGCAGUGUAGAGUGAGUCUUUUGUUGAGAAGGGUCUCUCUCUCUCUCUCGUUCUCUCUCUUUCUCUCUCUCUCUCUCUCUCCGAGUGAGUCAUGCAUGUUCAGGGAUCUGCCAGGAUGCGGGGAGAGAGAGAGACAUCUCUUCACUAGAGAUCUGUCUCUCUCUCUGCCAUCUCUGGCCCUCUGUAGAGGAGUGACCUCGCGCUGCUUUUCUCUCUUCGUCCUCUGUCUCCAUGGAUUCCGCGUUUUGUGGUUUAUUUUUGGUCCCCGAGUUGCUGCUGCUGCGUGGCGUCGGAUUUUCCUGACGACCACCCGCUCCCUUUUUCUUCAAACCCUUGAGGACGCUUUCUCGGCUCCAGCAUGCAAAAGAUGUGGACGGUCAGCUGGGAGUUGGAUGUGUCCGUUUGUGUGUAGGCUGGCAUACCGAGGGGAAUGCUUCACCGUGCUAAAUACAACCGAUUCCGGAAUGAGUCAGUGACGUCCGUCGAUGAGCUUCUGCACGGUCUCUCCAUGAACGCCAAGGUCUCGGCCGUCCCGCCGUCGCCGCCUGUGGGCGACCCUCCGUACGCCCCGCCAGCCGACCCCGAACCCUCGGAAGAGUCCGGAACCUUGUGCACCCUCAUCAACAAAGUCUCCAACCUCAAAUUCGCCAACUCCGCCGGACUGCUGGGCAUCAAGGGCCUGCCGUCUGCCGUCAAGGACCUGGCCGUGUCCAAGCUCCAGGGAGGAGCGACAGGAGGCGGCUCCGGCAGCCCGGGCUCAACUGCCCUCCCGGCGUCCGCCGCCGCAGCACCUCACGCCCCGCUGGAGCCCGGCUUCGUGAGCUCGGGGAAGAAGGGCAGGAUGGAAGAGUCUCAGCCUGGCGGAGAGGGCUGGAGCCUGGGCGGGACGGGCGCCGCGGGUUGCGGCGGGCUGGUGAAUAAGCCGUCUCGUGGAUGGCUGCACUCCAGCGAAAAGAUCUCCGGACCUGGAGUGACGUACGUCGUUAAGUAUUUGGGCUGCAUUGAAGUUCUCCGGUCCAUGAGAUCCCUGGAUUUCACCACACGGUCACAAAUCACACGGGAGGCGAUCAGUCUGGUGUGUGAAGCUGUCCCUGGUGCCAAAGGAGCUCUGCGCAAGAGAAAGCCUCCCUCGAAACUUCUCUCCAGUAUUUUGGGCAAGAGUAACCUGCAGUUUGCUGGUAUGAGUAUCAAUCUCAACAUCUCCACCAGCAGUUUAAACCUGAUGACGCCGGACUCCAAACAGAUAAUAGCCAAUCAUCACAUGCAGUCCAUAUCCUUUGCCUCCGGUGGAGAUCCGGACACGACUGAUUACGUCGCUUAUGUAGCGAAAGAUCCUGUUAACCGGAGAGCAUGUCAUAUUCUGGAGUGCUCCGACGGUCUGGCUCAGGAUGUGAUCAGUACGAUCGGUCAGGCGUUCGACCUGCGCUUUCAGCUCUAUUUGCAGUGUCCAUCCAGCAAACCCUCAUCCAUGCACGACAAGGUUAUGAGUACGGACGAGCCCCCGUGGACGGAGGAAGGGGAGGAGUCCGCCGAUCAUCACUACUACAACAGCAUUCCCGGCAAGAUGCCGCCACCUGGAGGCUUCAUUGACGCUAGACUGACCAAUCAGACGCAAGACAGCAGCCAGGGCGCUGGAGUCGACCAGACAUACUACCAGGGCCGACCCAUGUUCAUCCAACAAGGGUCCUGUGACAUAUACAGUCUCCCUGAGGUCAAAGGUCAAGCCCCUAAAGCAGGAGAAGUCCCCACGUAUGUGAACACGCAGCACAUUGACACGCAGGUGUUGGCCGCCCUGCAGGGAGAGUCAGAGACGGCGUCUGAUUCGGGCACGACUGGGCCAGCUAAAGACAGCCCGAGGAAGGACCUCUUUGACAUGAAGCCGUUUGAGGAUGCCAUCAUGACCCAGACUCCAGCUCCGCCCCCUCCAGCCUCAGAACUACAUAAAGCGGCGUCCGUCGAUAACUCCAGUCCGCUGCUGAUGCGAGCGGCCGCCCUGAGAGCUCAGGAGGAACUGGAGGACCAGACAUGGUAUCACGGAGAGAUGAGCCGCCGCCAGGCUGAGAAACUGCUGCUCCACGACGGUGACUUCCUGGUGCGGAAGAGCGCCACAAACCCGGGGUCGUACGUCCUGACGGGGAUGCACAACGGCCUGGCCAAACACCUGCUGCUGGUCGAUCCAGAGGGAACGGUUCGGACGAAAGAUCACAUAUUCGAGAGCAUAAGCCACCUGAUUGGCCAUCACCGUGACAACAACCUGCCGAUCGUCUCGGCGGGAAGCGAACUGUGUUUGAAGCAGCCGGUCGAAAGAAAACAGUGACGACACCCGAAAACGUGUGGGAGGGGUCACGAAAAACAAACACGCUCAGAUGACUUUCCGUCGGUGAACAUGUGACUGCUGUCGAACUGCUUGACUGUGGCGACGGAGGACAGCGUUUUUAGAUAAACGACGGACGAUUUUAGUUUGGACCAUGCGAAAAGAGGAAUCGAACCUGAUUUAAUAGAACUGACACAGUUAUUUUAUUGCGCUGGUUGAGAAUCUAUAUAUUUUUGAAGAAGACGCUGAUGGAUUUCGGACAGCCGUUGAAAACGGAAGAUCUCCAAGAGGGGAUGAGAGGAAAACCAGAUAAAGAAAAAGUAUUUUAGAAUAAAAAAAAGUUUUAGUUUUGUCUAUCAAGCACAACCGGAUUUUAAUGUUCAUUGGUAAGAGAUAGAAGGAAAACUAAUAUUUGAGAAAACGAAAAACAGGAAAAAAACAAAAAAACAAAAUAUGUUUCUAUUGACCUAUUUUAGGAGUUUGUCCUUUACUGCAGCUAGUGUGCGAGAUCAUUUGGUAGCUUCUAUCGAAUCACUGUUGAUUAUGCUUUUCAGAGGGAAGAUGACGUGAAUGUGUUUGCUUUAACAGAAACCACACUCCGACAUGCUGCACGUACACACACCACGACCAAAACGCGCACACACACACACACACACACACACACACACGCGGCUUUAAAGUACCUACAUUUUUGUAUGACGUUGAAACCUGUGGCACUCGCAUGACUUGACUUAAUUGUACUUGUGGUCAUUGUUGGUAGCAUCCAGAGCCCCGGCGGAGGUGCUUUUGUGUAUGCUCACAAUGUAAAAUAUUUAUGCUUUCCCAGUAUUCAUUGAGUUUAGCUCCUUCUUUAAACGUGUCAGAGGUGUGUAGUCGCUCGGUUCGGGGCUUACUUUAUACCUUGGAUGUUUCUAUCAGUUAUGACUUCUAUGGUUUGACUGUGGGCUUCACAAACAGACAAAUUGGUAUUAUAAUUAUUCUUCUGAUGAUUCUUUUCAAUUAAACGGUUCUAAAUGAAUAGCACAA